AUGACCUCUUCUUCCUUGAAAGCACCGGUUGUGGAGCGCGCGAGUCCAUCCAUAGCCUUGAAAAGGAUCAUUGAUAAGGAGUGUGAGAAGUACAAGGCUGGUGAGAAAAGUGCCAUUGACGGGCACAUCUUCAUUCCUCGUCGUCAUGAGCAACAAGAAAGAAAAGAACGAAGAAAGAGAAGUAACGAUGGAGGGAGAAGACAGCUGAGAGGAGACAGAAGAGACGAACGCACGCGAAGAAGAACACUUCCACCAUUCAAUCAGGUUAAGUUAUGUGUGGAUGAAAAUAUUCCUGCUAUUCCUAUCCCUGGUCCUUCUACUUUUGUUGCUGCACUUUCUGCCUCAGGGUUGGCUACUGACGAGUUUACAUUUGUUGGAUUUCUGCCCAAACAUGCCGGAUCAAGGAAGGAGAGGUUGAUUGUAUCUGCAAAGGAAGUAGCAACACAGAUAUUCUAUGUUCCUCCUCAUAAGCUUCAUCAAUUUAUUGAAGAGGCUUCUUCUAUUUUUGGUGACUGUAGACAAUGUGCCAUAGCUCGAGAGAUGACAAAAAUACAUGAAGAGUUUUGGUGUGGAACUUUGGAAGAAGCCAAAGGAGCAUUCUUGACUCGCCAACCAAAAGGAGAAAUCACAUUCUUGAUUGAAGGAAAGGCAAAUUGUGUGGUGGAAGCUCCAUCCGUGUCUCAGCUUGAGAAUGAACUGAGAGAGUUGAUCUCUGGAGGGCAAUGUCUUUCUUCGGUAUUGGAUUUUUUUUGUUUGUAGUGUAUAUUUAAAUCU